AAAGUAUUCGCGAUUAUUUUGUGUGUCGUGUGGACGCGGAUAGUUGUUUGAGUAUCCUAGCAACGGAUGUAUGAAAACACCAGUUUAUGAAUCGGAAAGCGCAAACAGAGUAAAAAGGAAACUGUAGCGAACGCAAGCUGGAAGUGAUACGAGAACAGGAUGAAGUUUAAAAUAUAUCUUGCAAAAGAUGCCAAGUUAAGUGAAUCCAUAUGUGUUCUAGGCUGGAACAACAAUGAAAACGUUUUCAGCUGCGGUAACGAUCAACAAAUGUAUAAAUGGACCUCUACAAACAGGGAGUUCAUGCAGGUGGCUAAGUUACCCGAUGGAUUUGUUCCAAGUGACCUUCACUGGCUUGUCUCUAAAAGCGGCAAUUUAAGUUCGAGUGGCAGUACUGGAGCAACCGGAGGAAAAGCUGCCGAAUGCCUUCUACUAGCCGGCACUGAAGGAAGUUUUGUAAUACUGAACAAAAGUGUCCGCAUCGAUCGAAACGUGGUGGCCCAUUCAGGGACAAUCUCUUCGUCCCGCUGGAGCCCCGAUGGUAGCGGUUUAUUAACUGCAGGUGAAGAUGGCAUCAUUAAAAUUUGGUCUCGUUCCGGCAUGCUAAGAUCAACCGUUGUGCAGAAUGAAGGACCAAUACGAUGUGCCAGAUGGGCUCCAUCUGCUUCAGCCAUCGCGUAUUGCCAAGGAACGUUUGUUUCCAUCAAGCCUUUGGCUGCAAAUAGCAAAAUGGUCAAAUGGAGAGCACACGAUGGAAUGGUUCUUUGUUUGUCGUGGUCAAACAAUACAGGCAUGAUUGCGACAGGAGGCGAAGAUUGUCGAUACAAGAUCUGGGAUACUCAAGGCACCAACAUCUACACCAGCGUGGCGGACGAUUUCGCCAUCACCUCGGUGGAAUUUUGUCCAGAAGGCGAACUACUGGCUGUGGGAGGCUUCAAUAUGAUAAAAUUAUGUCAUUUUACUGGGUGGAGCCACAGCAUCGUGCGAUUCAAUCAACAAGUGAUCGGAUCGCUUUUCAACAUCGUUUGGGCUUCUGACGGAACACAAAUAGCGGCAGCGACUAGCACUGGAGUUCUGCUCUUUGGCCAUAUCAUUGAACGCGAAUUGCGCAAUCGUAACCUAAAGGCUUUGACCAUAGGCCGCAAGACCAUUGUGCUGCAAGAUAUAAAUUGCCGCACUAGCGACACGCUGGAUUUUCCCGAGCGUAUAAUAAAAUGGGAGCUUGGAUAUGGGCACUUGGUUGUAGCUACUAUCCAUCAGAUUCACAUUUUUAACGAGCACUACAUCAACACUCCGAUUAUCAUAGAUGGCCGUAGUGAUAUUCGCCUUAUCAAGCUGGGAAGAAAAAACUUUCUCGCGGUAGACCAUGCUUCUAUCUGGAUCUAUACAUAUUCAGGACGAUUGCAUCUUAAUCCACGGUACGCUGGUUCGCAGACGCAGGUAGCACAACUUAACCCUCGCUGCAUUUCGCUUGGCAUAGAUUGUCUUGCAGUGCGAGAUCAUUCCGAUCAGUCCAUUGUCCAUGUGUUUGAUCUGUUGCCCAGUGCAACCCGACAAGAAGAGCCAUACAGUAUACACUCAAAGGCGAUCGUGGUAGAAGUAGCUGUCUGUCGGUUUGGAAAUCCUCAUGAUCAAUACCUGGUAUACCUGGAUGCAAACCAGGACUUGUACAUUACGAGCGUGCAUGAUGGUUCUGAGUUCAUAACCCACAAGAUCGGAACUCAGGUUACUAGUGUGAUGUGGUCGAGUGAUACAAACAUACUAGUGGGACUGCACGAUCUCAGCUACACCGUGUGGUACUGUCCUGGGGAAGCGUGUGCCGAUCCGACUCUCAUCGCUCUAACAACAUUCACAUACGAUACCAGCGAGAUCGGGAAGAACAUUGCGCUUGAAAACUUUGAAGGAGCAAAUGUGUCAUUUCGCAGUUCUGGUGCUAUCUUUACAGUAUCGGUGAAAACCUACUGUGUAAUACUGCAUAAGUUGUUCGCUGAAAAUCAGUGGGAAAAAGCUAUUAAACUUUGCCGCUUGGCACAAAGUCAGCUACUAUGGGCUACGCUGGCGGCGAUGGCAUCUAAGCGUAACCAGCUUGAUAUUAGUGAAGAGGCAUUUUGCGCUUCUUUGCAAAUUGAUAAAGUCUAUCACCUGGGAUACAUCAAAUCAAUGUCUCCCUCGAGUCCAAAACAUAUGGCUGAAAAUUCCAUUAUGAAUGGACGUAUCCAGGAAGCAGAAACUAUUUUGCUGCACAACAAGCGUCCGCAGGAGACCAUUAGGCUUUGCAUCCGAGUUCACCGUUGGAGAGAGGCCUUAGAUUUGGCCUUGAAACAUGGAAUCGAUGUAGAUUUUGUACUAUCGCAACGCAAAAAACAUUUGCAGGCUUUGGAGCGCGAAGAAAAUGAUCCACAGUUUCUGCAACAAAAAAAAACACCAUAGCUAGGGCGUCGAAUUCUUUGGUCACUUAGAUAUUGUUUAAUAAUGUUUUUGUAUUGUUUCGUAAUAACUUGAUUAAACUAGAUUACUAUUGGUAUAAUUUUCAUAUUAACGAAAUUCACAUAACCAGACAUCGCCAGAAAUGGUAUUUGAAUGGAUGCUGAAAAGUAAUGACUUUUACUUUAUAUUAUUU